AUGUCAAGCUCUGCCAGGCCAUCAUCAUCCCAACAGCGACCCAGCUCGUCGUCUAGACCGUCCGGCUCAAGAUCAGAUCAGCAGAGAACGAGUUCGUCAUCUAAAUCUGCCGCUCCAGAAAAGGAAGCCGAACCAGAAGAAGUUGAUGAAAGAACUCCGGAACAGGUCCGACAAGAUGAAUUCGAUGUUUUCAUCAAGACUUCCAUGACGACUCAUUUAGAUUUUCUCGGACCUCCCUUGAUCACCCUAUCCUCGGCUUUCAACAUGCCUGUUCUUCACGUAGCACUAUGUGUCGCUCCAAUCAUUGUCUUACUACAUGUCUCUUUGGCUUCUGCUCUUCAAAAGCAUUUCACUUACUUCCUACUACUCGUACCUCUACGUUGCACAUUGCAUAGCAUCGCAGAUGAAAGUGGGAGUGGAAGGGGUGUCGAUGCUCCUCAAUGGUUAGGAUUCUGGUUGUUCUGGUUCACCUUUCAAGGUGUCAGUGGUUGGGUCAAAAUAUGGAGACCGGGAUGGGAGAAAGUUGUUUCACUCGGAGGACUCGUUGGGUUAGUCACUAUGGGUGGUCCUUGGUGGUCUAAAGCUGGAUUGCGCUCCAGUGUGAGCUCUGACCUUCGAAAUGCUCUGGAAAGGGAGAAAAAGGCAGAGGUAAAGAGACGAGGCGACGAGGCGAAGACGGCCAAGGAUAAGAGAACUUUGGCAAUUUCGACGGAUGAUCAGACUGAUAAAGAUAAACAACGUGCCAAAGCGAAAGCGGAUGCGGCUAGACGUGCUGGGAGAUCUGGCAAGUAG